AAAAAUUGAUACGGCGUUUGGAGAAAAUAUCAAACAUUGGACUGGCAAAUGUUUAUUCAGCAUGCGAACUGAACUAUUGCUAUCCCUUCUUUUCACCGUCAACACUCAAGGAAAAGAUCUGGUAGAAGACGCAAUAGCCGCAGGAUUCAGCAUGCAGAGCCAUAGAGUAACCACGGAAGAUGGCUACAUUCUAACUAUGCACCGUAUACCCGAGGGCACGUCUGAAGUGGCACAAAAGCCGUCUAUUCUACUCAUGCACGGGAUCAUGGGAACUUCGGCAGACUUUAUCAAUCAAGGUCCGAACAGUAAUCUAGGGUUCAUUUUAUCCAACGCAGGCUUCGACGUUUGGCUGGGCAAUGCUCGAGGCAAUCCCUAUUCACGAGCUCACGAGACCCUCGACCCUGAUAAGGACAGCAUCGAAUUCUUCAAUUUUAGCUGGGAGGAGAUCGCCAUUUUCGACAUCCGCGCCAUGGUUGAUUACAUCCUUUCUACUACUGGCGAAUCACAGACACGCUUCAUAGGAGACACUCAAGGCGGGACUGCCUUCUUAAUUCUAAACCUUUUGAAACCCGAGUACAAUGAGAAAUUCCAGAUGGCUCAACUUCUAGAUCCGGUUGGGUAUACGAAAUUCUUCCCAUCGGCGGAAUUGAAAGCAGUUGCAACUAUGAUUAAUCCUCUUUAUAAUUUGGCAAUAGGAUUGGGUAUAGGAGAGAUAUCUACACUGAAUUUGCAUAAAAAUUUUACCGAUACAGGGGUGACGCACCAGCUGGCAGUGCAGAGUAUUGUGUCGUACAUCGCAAGCUUGGGAGGCUUCACAUCCAUAGGAACUUCUCUCAAAAACCUUGCUCACUACGCUCAGAACAUAAGAGACGAAUCCUUCCGCCGUUGGGACUAUGGCCAGAACGUUAACUACCAAAUCUAUGGCACCCCCUCCCCUCCACCAUAUAACCUAACACAUGUCACCGUUUAUACUAUGUUGUACUAUAGGAAAAAUAAUAAAUUUAUAGACAAAAAGGAUAUCGAAGCUAUGGCUAGCGAUAUGCCGAAUGCAAGAGCUAUUGGGAUCAGUGGAACCGAAUUUACUCAUUCAAAUUUAGAAGAUAUUGCUAGGACAAAAGGACUUCGAUAACCAUA